GCGUUUCCGGCGUGCGUAAGCCUCCGCUAGCGCUUUCUUGUUAAUGGCGGGCGGUAGCUGCUGAGGGGGACACAGAAAACCGCUGUCGGCACAGGGAAGGACUCCCUGCUUUUCCUGUCCCGCUAGCUGCUGGUGCUCGAGCACGUCAGCAUGUCUGUGGUGCCACCCAAUCGCUCUCAAACCGGCUGGCCCCGGGGGGUCAACCAAUUCGGCAACAAGUACAUCCAGCAGACCAAGCCCCUCACCCUGGAGCGCACCAUCAACCUGUACCCUCUUACAAAUUAUACUUUUGGUACUAAAGAGCCCCUCUAUGAGAAGGACAGUUCCGUUGCAGCCAGAUUUCAGCGCAUGAGGGAGGAAUUUGAUAAAAUUGGAAUGAGGAGGACUGUAGAAGGGGUUCUGAUUGUGCAUGAACACCGGCUACCUCAUGUGUUACUGCUACAGCUGGGAACAACGUUCUUCAAACUACCUGGUGGUGAGCUUAACCCAGGAGAAGAUGAAGUUGAAGGAUUGAAACGCUUAAUGACAGAGAUACUGGGUCGUCAGGAUGGAGUCCUGCAAGACUGGGUCAUUGAUGACUGCAUUGGUAAUUGGUGGAGACCAAAUUUUGAGCCUCCUCAGUAUCCAUAUAUUCCUGCACAUAUUACAAAACCCAAAGAACAUAAGAAGUUGUUUUUGGUUCAGCUUCAAGAAAAAGCCUUAUUUGCAGUCCCUAAAAAUUAUAAGCUUGUAGCUGCACCAUUGUUUGAAUUAUAUGACAAUGCACCAGGUUAUGGACCUAUCAUUUCUAGUCUUCCUCAGCUUUUGAGCAGGUUUGGGCUGCAGAUGGGAUACAACUCUUAAGUUCAAUUUUAUAUACAACUGAAUUACUGCGCAGUGGAGAAUUAAAGAAGCCGUCUCUGUGAGCACAGCUAUACACAAUGUAGAAUAAACGUGGUAGAAAAGUGUUUUUGGUUUUACUUCUUUCCCAACCCCUAAAUUGCCAGCUACUUUCUAUUGUUUGAAUGGUAAAGUUAAUAUGAAGAACUAGGCUUGUAAACAGAUGUGUUGUUUAAUUUACUUUUAAUGCUACACAUACUUUUUUUCAUACAACAUUAAAGAAAGUGAACUUCUGUUUGUUUUUGCUUUGUUUUUAAUUUCACAUUAAACUUGUAAAAUUCUUA